CGGCGGAUGUCGACGGAGAGAUGAGCUAUUCUUAUCCGAAGCUCGCCAACUUCUACGAGUUCUUUUCUCUCUCCCACCUCACUCCUCCUCUUCACUUUAUAAAGAAGGUAGCGAAGAGGCAAGUUGAGGAGAUUUCAGCUGAGGAUCAUCUCUUCUCGCUUGAUGUGAAGGUUUGCAAUGGGAAGCUGGUUCAUGUUGAAGCUUGCAGGAAGGGCUUCUACAGUAAUGGAAAGCACCGGAUCAUGUGUCAUAACCUUGCAUUCAACGAUCUUAUGAAAGCAUUCUCAGAACAUAACAAGUUUGGAAAUCUUCCAUAUGGCUUCAGAGCCAACACAUGGCUCGUCCCUCCAGUUGCUGCACAGUCACCAUCAAUUUUCCCACCUCUCCCUGUGGAGGAUGAGACUUGGGGUGGUAAUGGUGGUGGUUUAGGAAGAGAUGGCAAAGGCGAUUCAAUAUCUUGGGCUAAUGAAUUUUCAUUCCUUGCAUCCAUGCCUUGCAAGACAGCAGAUGAGAGACAGGUCAGGGACAGGAAAGCAUUCCUUCUUCAUAGCCUAUUUGUUGACGUAGCAAUUUUUAGAGCCAUUAAGUCUCUGAAGCAUGUAAUGGCAAAGCCGGAUUCAGAAUUCACACUAGAAAAUGGUGAACUUCUGUAUACUGAGAGGAUGGGGGAUUUGAGGGUUACAGUGAUGAAAGAUGCUUCUGAUGCAAGCUAUAAGGUGGACACUAAAAUUGAUGGAAUUCUAGCAAUUGGAGGGGAUGAAAAGAAGCUAGUAGAGAGAAACCUCCUGAAAGGGAUCACUGCUGAUGAAAAUACUUCUGUUCACGAUACUUCCACUCUUGGUGUUAUGAAUGUAAGAUACUGUGGUUAUGUUGCUGUUGUGAAGGUUGAAGGUGGAGAGAACAAAAAUGAUGGUCCUUCAUCUCAAAGCAUCGAACUUGAACAGCCUGAAGGCGGUGCCAAUGCCUUGAAUAUUAACAGUUUGAGAUUACUUCUUCACAAAACUUCAACUUCAGAACAGAAUAAACUAGCACCACAUUUGCAAAUUUUGGAAUAUAAAGAGCUUAAUGCUUCCCUAUCUUUUGUCAAGAAACUGGUAGAAGAAAGUCUCGCAAAGCUUGAGAGGGAGGAACUAAAAUGUAAAUCUUUUGUGAGAUGGGAACUCGGAGCCUGUUGGACACAACAUUUACAGGACCAAAAAAAUACAGAAAAAGAUAAAAAACCAUCUGGAGAGAAAGCUAAGAAUGAAAUGAAGGUUGAGGGACUUGGAAAACCACUUAGGCCCAUCAAGAGUAACAAGAAACAGACAGAUGUUUGUACGCUAAAAAUUGAGACUGGAAACUCAAGUUCCCAUUCACAUGGUGUUAAUGGGGAAGUUGAAAAUGUCACUUCAGCUUCUAUAGGAUCUCAGCUUGAAGACAAUGCCAAAGAUAAUGAACUUGCCUUACAGAGGAUGUUAUCCAAUGAGGCCUUUGCUCGAUUGAAGGAAUCAGGCACUGGACUUCAUCGCAAUUCCUUGCAGGAGCUAAUUGACUUGUCACAGAAAUAUUACAGUGAAGUUGCCCUUCCAAAACUGGUAGCAGAUUUUGGUUCUCUGGAACUCUCACCUGUUGAUGGGCGGACUCUAACUGACUUCAUGCAUACUAGAGGUCUUCAGAUGCGUUCGCUGGGGCAUGUUGUCAAGCUUUCAGAAAAGUUAUCACAUGUGCAGUCCCUUUGUAUUCAUGAGAUGAUAGUUCGGGCAUUUAAGCAUAUUCUUCGGGCAGUUAUUGCUUCUGUUGGCAAUAGUAAUACUGAGAAAAUGGCUGUAUCAAUAGCUACUGCACUGAACCUGAUGCUUGGGGUGCCUGAAAAUAGAGAUCUCCAUAAGUCUUGCAAAAUCCAUUCACUUAUUUGGAGGUGGUUGGAGGUAUUUUUGAUGAAGCGGUUUGAAUGGGAUAUUACCAACUUAGACUACAAAGAUGUGAAGAAAUUUGCAAUUCUACGUGGAUUAUGUCACAAAGUAGGAAUUGAGUUGGUACCAAGGGAUUUUGACAUGGAUUCUCCAAGGCCAUUCCAAAAAUCAGAUGUUGUUAGCCUGGUUCCAGUUCAUAAGCAAGCUGCGUGCUCAUCUGCAGAUGGAAGGCAACUCCUUGAAUCAUCAAAAACGGCUUUAGACAAGGGAAAACUUGAAGAUGCAGUGACAUAUGGAACAAAGGCUCUUGCAAAGCUGGUAGCAGUUUGUGGUCCCUAUAAUCGGAUGACAGCUGGAGCAUACAGCCUUCUUGCUGUGGUUUUAUAUCACACUGGAGACUUCAAUCAGGCUACAAUAUAUCAGCAAAAGGCAUUGAAUAUCAAUGAGAGAGAGUUGGGACUAGAUCAUCCAGAUACAAUGAAGAGCUAUGGGGAUCUUGCUGUGUUCUAUUACAGACUUCAGCACACAGAACUAGCUCUCAAAUAUGUAAAUCGUGCUCUGUAUCUUUUACAUCUUACAUGUGGUCCAUCUCAUCCAAAUACUGCUGCAACAUACAUUAACGUUGCUAUGAUGGAGGAAGGCAUGGGCAAUGUGCAUAUUGCCCUUAGAUAUCUUCACAAAGCUCUGAAAUGUAACCAAAAAUUACUUGGUCCAGAUCAUAUUCAGACAGCAGCAAGUUACCAUGCUAUAGCAAUUGCAUUGUCAUUGAUGGAAGCAUAUCCUUUGAGUGUCCAACAUGAACAAACAACUUUGAAAAUCCUCCAAGCAAAACUGGGUCCAGAUGAUUUGCGUACACAGGAUGCUGCCGCUUGGCUUGAAUACUUUGAGUCCAAGGCUUUUGAACAGCAAGAGGCUGCUAGAAAUGGUACCAGAAAGCCAGAUGCAUCCAUAGCUAGCAAGGGACACCUAAGUGUAUCUGAUUUACUGGACUACAUUAAUCCAACUCACAAUGCCAAAGAGAAAGAUGUUAUGAACAUCAAGAGGAGAAGCCAUGUUACAAAGGUGAAGUUAAAACCAGACCAAACAUCUGGUUCAGCAAGUUCUGAUGAAUCUCCGGUGAUAGCCACAAAAGAAGCUUCAGAUGAGGAGAUACAUUUUUCUAAUCAGGAAGGUGAUGUAGAUGCCACCCAGGAGACCAGCUCUUUGCCAGUACAUUCCUCGGUUCCUGAAUGUGAGGAGACUACAGAGAGAAAGCUAAACAUUGCCAAUGAAACCCUGACUGAAUCAAGUGCUGAAGGAGAUGAUGGGUGGCAACCAGUUCAAAGGCCAAGAUCAACUUCCUCACUUGUUCGGAGACUUAAGCAACGGUGGGGAACUGUUACUAAGGUAUAUAACUAUCAGAAAAAGAAUGUGACCGCUGAUGUGGACGUCACUCCAGUAAAGGCUCUAAAUCAAAAUAAUGGGUAUUAUGUCUUAAAGAAAAGGACUCUAUCUCAUGGAGCGUAUACAGACCAGCACACUAUGAAUCCUCCCCGAGGUUCCAAAUAUGGACGUCGACACAUUAAAACUGUUACUUAUAGGGUUAAAUCAAUUUCUUCUUCCAAGACUGUUUCAACUGACACAAGUAGACCAGCAGAUGAGGUGUUUGUUUCUCAAGUAGAAGGUAGUUUUACAGUUCCACCAACUUUUCAGGGGCAAAAAAGCCCCAUAGUCAGUCUCGGAAAAUCACCAUCUUAUAAGGAAGUAGCAUUGGCUCCACCAGGUAGUAUUGCUAUAUUGAAGUUUACAGAAUCCCAAAGUGAUCCUCCUAAUAAGCAGGAGCUCUGGGUUGAAAACCAUCAAGAGGUUGAUGGGAAUGAAAUGAAAGCAAAUUCUGACUCAGUGGGGAUGGGGCCAGAGAAUUUAUGUCAAGAGAGGAAAGAGGUUGUUACGUUGGAAUCAAAGGAUGACUUUGAUAAGGGAACUGGUUUUGCCGAGGGUAAAGAAGAUACCAGCUCAACUAACGGAAUAGAAUCUAAAUCUUCUUUGAUGGCAUCUGAGAGUGAGGAGAAAAUAAAGUCUAGUGAAUUUGAGGUUGAGGAAGUUAAACAGGACAGCAUGUUGAUUACUGGCGUACCAGAUUCCAUUGAUUCUCCCAAAAAGGAACUCCUGGGGAAGGAGACUUCAGAAAGUUUUGAAUCCCACAGUGAUUCAAAUACUGCAUUACAAGACGUAGUGGAUUUGAAGGUUGAUUCAGGUGAAUCUAGGCGAUUAACCAAUAAGAAGUUAUCGGCAUCGGCAGCUCCAUUCAACCCAUUAACUACUGUUGCACAUUCUCCACCGGUCACCAUGAAUAUUGCUCUUCCUCCUGUUCCAGCUGUUGCACCUUGGCCAGUGAACAUGCCUCUUCACCCCUCCCCUACUACCGUCUUGUUGAAUCCAAUGUGCUCAUCCUCUCACCAUCCAUAUCCAUCACCUCCUCUAACCCCAGACACGAUGCAGCCUCUACCUUUUAUGUAUCCAUCAUAUACUCACACCCAGCCAAUACCAACCAGCAGCUCAUAUCAUACAAGUCAAUUUUCAUGGCAAUACAAUGUGAACCCCAAUGUAUCAGAGUUCAUUCCUGGAACAGUUUGGUCUGACUGUCACCCAAUGGUGUUCCCUGUUCCACCACCAGUUGUUGAGCCAAUUGCUGAGCCCAUAUUGGAGCCCAAAGUGAAACAUGAUAUUUCUGCAAACCAUAGUUCAGCUCAAACUCUGCCAGUAGAGGUUGACACUGUGGGAAAAACUAAGAAAGAGGUCUACCUUCCAGCUCCUGAGACAAUAAAUAUUGUGAAUGACGAGGCAGCUGGGGUUGGACAGGACAGUCAAAAGGAAAAUGGCCAUUCAAAUAAAUUUGGGGUUGGAGCUUCUGGGAAUGGACCAGUGCAGUACAACAUCCCAAAUGGAAAUGCUGGAUGCAGUGCUGAAAGGAAGAAUGAUGGUGAGAAAACCUUCAGCAUUUUAAUGAGGGGUAGAAGAAACAGAAAGCAGACCUUGAGAAUGCCAAUUAGUUUGCUAAAUCGGCCAUAUGGCUCGAAGUCUUUCAAAGUGAUUCAUAACCGAGUAAUCCAAGGGAGUGAAGCUCCAAAAUUUACCAGCUUCUCUUCAAGUGAAGAUUGUACAACUAACACAACAUGAACAGAAGUUUUGUUUUCUUAGCAACCAAUCAUGGCAGGAAUUUGGGAUCAAAGCAAAGAAUGGUGUUAAUAGAUCUUCUCUGCAUGCUGACAAUUACUUUGCUGAAUUGGUUUCCAUCAUCUAAGAUACAGUUUCACACAAGUUAAUGAUUGGGACAUGGGCUGUUGUUAAGGUGACAAUUUUGGUUCGGAAUACAUUUUGAACAUUUUCCAUAUAUUGGAUCACAGCAUUUAAAGACUGAUUUUGCCAGUUUGAUUAUAGCAAUGACGUUGAUGAUGAUUCAUUUGAUUAUGUUAUUGUGUAUCUGACUCUAAUUUUUGAC